AUGCGCCAAGCUCGGCGUCAUUCCGCAAUGGAGAAGGCGCUGCUGUCUGCCUGUUCCUGCGGAAUCCCUCUGGUUCCAAGCGCCUCGCCUUUGUAUAGGCUUGCGAAUCUCCCUCUCUCGGCCGCCGGCGGCGGUAGGGAGCUUCUUCUACCCGUCGCCGUCAACUCCGCUGCGCCAAUGCAUCCUCGGAAAGCUCGGAUGCCCCGCGUCGCCCGCAGCGAGGCCCAGGACGCCCUCUGCGAUUACCUCCACAACACCAGAAGCUUGCACUUCACCGACGCAGAGCACAUGAGCAAGAACUCUCCGACCUUCCUUCGGAAUCUCAUUGCAAACCUCGAAGGCAACCAGGAAGUCGGCCGAUCGCUCACCAGGUUCCUCCGCUACCACCCCAUCAACGAGUUCGAGCCGUUCUUCGAGAGCUUGGGGCUGAAGCCGUCGGAGCUUCCUCAGCUCCUCCCCCGAAACUUCUUCUUCCUCAGCGACGACUACGCCAUGCUCGAGAACUUCCAUGUCCUCUGCAACUACGGAGUGCCGAGGGGGAAGAUCGGGAAGAUUUACAAGGAGGCCAGAGAGAUCUUCGGAUAUGGCCGAGGUGUGCUUUCCUCGAAGCUCUCCGCCUACGAGGCGCUCGGUCUGAGCAUCCCCACCGUCAUCAAGCUGGUAGCCUGCUGCCCUUCGCUCCUGAUCGGCGACGUCCACCGGGACUUCCUCCAAGUUCUUGGAAGGCUGGAGGACGCGGGCAUCGGGCACGACUGGAUCAGGCGGUGCUUGUCCGAAGAUAAUACCUACCGCUGGGAUCGAAUGCUCCAGAUGCUAGAGUUUCUGGAUCAGAUGGGCUGCGACGAGGAGGAUCUGGAGAGGCUGGUCAGAGAGCACCCCAGGUUUCUGUUCGACAAUUCCGGGAAGAAGAUCUACGUGCUCGUGGCCAUGUUACUAAAACUAGGCGCGGGAGUGAGCAAUGUUCUUCUAUUGUUCUCCCACUAUCCUCAGAUUCUGGAUGGCAACGGCGUCAAGAACCUGUGGCAAUCCAUGAGCUUCCUCCUGAAGAUCGGGAUGGAGAGCGGGCACAUCGCCGGCAUCCUAUGCGCUCAUCCGCAGGUCCUCGGAUCCUCCCCGCCCAAGAAACCAGAGGCCGUGCUGUCAAACCUGGACGUGGGCUGCGAAGAGCUGUGCGAGAUGAUAAUCGAGGACCCGCGCAGGGUGAGUAACCUGGUGCCGGAGACGAAGGACGGCCUCGCGAAGGCGGCCGGUGGCAAUCAUCUUCACGAGAAGACCAUCUUCCUACUGAAGCUAGGGUUUCUCGAAAACUCGGACGAAAUGUUGGUGGCGAUGAGGAAGUUCAGAGGCAGAGGGGACCAGCUGCAGGAGAGAUUCGACUGCCUGGUGGGCGCCGGAUUGGACUGUCACGAUGUCGCCAGGAUCGUGAAGGAAGCUCCGUCGAUGCUCAAUCAGCGGACGGGCGUGUUGAAGGGGAAGAUCGACUACCUGGUUCGCGACUUGGGUUAUCCCGUGGAAUCCCUCUUAACCUUUCCCACCUACCUCUGCUACAGUCCGCGGAGAAUCAAGCUCAGGUUUUCCAUGUACACCUGGCUCAAAGAGAGAGGCAUGGCCAAACAGAUACUGUCUCUGAGCACGAUUCUCGCAGGAUCAAACGAAAGAUUUCUGAAUUAUUUCGUCAAUCUUCACCCUGACGGUCCGGAAAAAUGGGAAAGCUUGAAGAAGGCCAUCUCCUCGAGCUGA